AUGAAAGAUCAUUUGAAAAAUCUAGAGGAAGCAUUUAGGAGGAUGAGAGUUCACUGUUUAAAACUCAAUCCUCUGAAAUGCGCCUUUGGUGUAAAAGCUGGAAAUUUUUUGGGGUUUUUGGUCCAUGAAAGAGGCAUUGAAGUGGACCAAAACAAAACCAAAGCUAUUCGAGAAGCUAAACCUCCUAGAAAUAAAACAGAACUUCAGAGGUUUCUUGGGCAGGUUAAUUACUUAAGGAGAUUUAUAUCUAAUCUUGCAGGAAAAACAAAAGUGUUCUCAGAACUGUUGAAAUUAAAAAAGGAGGAUGUCUUCAGAUGGGAAACCAUCCAUCAAGAGGCUUUUGAUGAAAUUAAAGAUUAUCUAAUGAAGCCUCCUGUAUUGAUGCCUCCCAAAAAGGGUAUACCUCUGAGGUUGUACAUUUCAGCAGCCGAAGGUUCAAUUGGGUGUCUGCUAGCCCAGAGCAACCAAGAUGGACAUGAACAGGCUAUUUAUUAUUUGAGCCGUUCGAUGACAUCUACAGAGGUUAGAUACACUCCUAUCAUGAAAUUGUGUCUGGCUUUGUUUUUUGCCUGCACUAAGUUAAGACACUAUCUGCUUAGUAAUAGAGUCUAUGUGGUGUCUCAAACCGACUUGAUGAAAUAUAUGCUAAACAAACCUGUUUUAUCAGGAAAUAUUGGAAAGUGGUUAUUAAGUUUGGCAGACUUUCAUUUGAUUUAUCAUCCCCAGAAGUCGGUCAAAGGUCAGGCUCUAGCAGAUUUCCUAGCCGACCAUCCAUGUAUAAACCUAGGAGAUGAAAGUAAAUUUGACUUACCGGUUUUUAUGAAUGAACAUAGACCUUGGAUGCUUAAAUUUGAUGGGUCUAGUACAGAUAGGUCUGCGGGUGCUGGAAUCAUAAUAGUAUCACCUUCUGGAGCUAAGACCUCCUUGUCUUUUAAUCUUGACUUUGAAUGUACAAAUAAUCAAUCUGAGUAUGAGGCUUUGAUUAUUGGAUUAGAAAUCCUCCUAGAUCUAGGUGCUAAAAAGGUCAAAAUAAUUGGAGAUUCUCAAUUGGUUAUUAGACAAGUGUCUGGCGAAUAUAAAUGCAUGAGUUACUCUUUAACUUCUUAUUAUGCUAUUGCUAUACAGUUAAUAGAGAAUUUUGAAGAGGUUGAAUUAGUACAUGUUCCUAGAGAGGAAAAUUGGGAGGCCGAUGAAUUAUCACAGCUAGCAUCUGGCCUACGUCUGUCAGAGGAGUUAACCCACCGACUAAUAAUGGUACAAAGAAAAACUCACCCUUCAAUUUUUAAAAGAGGAGUACAACUAGAUAUUUUCAAUAUUGAUGAUAACUUAGUACAGGAUUGGAGGAGAGAUAUUAAAAAGUACCUGGAGAAUCCUAGCAAGAAGAUGAUGUAUAAAGUAAGAGUGAGAGCUGUUAACUACGUGCUCAUAGAAGAUGUUUUAUACAGAAGAGGAUUCGACAACCUAUUGCUAAGAUGCCUUGGAACUACAGAGGCACUAGAGGUCAUGAAACAAACUCAUGAGGGAGUUUGUGGAGCACAUCAAUCUGGAGUGAAAAUGAGAUGGCUGAUCCGAAGACAUGGUUACUUCUGGCCAUCUAUCCUAAAAGAUUGCAUGACUUUUGCAAAGGGUUGUCAAUCGUGCCAAAGGUAUGGAAACAUACAAAGACUUCCAGCUGCUGAGUUGAAGUCUGUCAUCAAACCAUGGCCAUUCAGAGGUUGGGCCAUAGAUUUGAUAGGUAAAAUAUAUCCUCCAUCCUCUAAAAAUCACAGUUUCAUAAUUGUAGCUACUGAUUAUUUUACCAAAUGGGUAGUCGCCAAGCCAUUGGUAAAGAGAGAGCAAAACGAUGUUAUUAAAUUUAUUAAAGAGGAAAUUAUUCAUCAAUUUGGAAUUCCACAAUCAGUAACUACUGACCAGGGCACAAUGUUCACUGGUAAGGAGAUGCAAGAAUUUGCCACUGAUUAUGGAAUAAAAUUAUUGACCUCUACACCUUAUUAUGCUCAGGCCAAUGGCCAAGCUGAAUCUUCUAAUAAAAUUAUCAUCAACAUAGUUCAAAAAAUGUUGGAAGAAAAUCCAAAGGAUUGGCAUCGGAUUUUAUCAGAAGCACUCUGGGCAUAUCGCACCUCUAGGCGAAAUGCUACUGGAGUAAGUCCAUUUAUGCUAACCUAUGGUCAUGAUGCAGUGUUACCUAUGGAGGUGGUGGUGAGGUCAUUGAGAGUAGCUAAGCAGAAUCAUUUGACUCCAGAAGAUUACAAUGAAACCAUGAUGAUGGAGUUAGAAAAUCUAGAAGAAGGGAGACUUCAGGCUUUAAACAAUAUGAUAAUACAGAAGAAGAAAGUCUCCAGAAGCUACAACAAGAAAGUUAGACCUAAGACAUUUCAAGAAGAUGAGCUAGUAUGGAAGUUGAUCUUACCCCCUGGUACUAAAGAUAGAGAAUAUGGGAAAUGGUCUACUAAUUGGGAAGGGCCAUUCUUAGUCCACAAGGUGAUGAAGGGGAAUGCGUACUGGCUAUCAAGUCUAGAGGGUGAGCCUCAUAGAAAAUUUAUUAAUGGAAAGUACUUGAAGAAAUACACUCCCACCAUCUGGGAGAAAUACAACUUAGAAAUGACUUAA